CAAAAAGCUGCUCAGCUGUUAGAAGCGUUUGACUUUUUUUUGACUUUGAUACAUUUUCUUAGGCGCAAUUGCUUAUUAAUUUGCAAUUGCAGAAGAAACAAUGCGUAAUGUGCCGAAAUCACUCGGUCUCUCGGUCACAACUCCAGGCGGCAGUUCGGGGGCUCCGGACAGCGGACGCCACAACAGUUUGGAGGACAUCAAUCUGGACCAGUUUCUAAAGACGUCCAAUUAUGAGGACACUGUGAAGCAGCUGGACAUUUACUAUGGCAUCGUCAAGCGUCAGUUGCUUCGUUACCAGAGCCCCAUUACCGGGCUGUUUCCCGUAAUGAGCACAGACCAGGUGGUAGGAUCCGUACGUGACAGCGUCUACUGUGCCUCCGCUGUGUGGAGUUUGUACCAGGCAUACAGGCGGAUUGACGACGACCGGGGUAAAUCCUACGAAUUAGGACAGAGCACCGUAAAGUGCAUGAGAGGAAUACUGGAGUGCUGGGUGAAGCAAGCAUCUAGGGUGGAACUCUUUAAGCAGCGUCAGUCCAAUCAGCACGCCCUACACAGCAAGUUCCAACUUCACACCGGAGAAAAGAUCUAUCCAGAUGAGUUCUACAAUCAUCUCCAGAUCGAUUGCGUUUCUCUCUAUCUGCUGUUCCUCGUCCAGAUGAUAACCUCUGGCCUGCAGAUCAUAUACACCCACGAUGAGGUGGCCUUUGUCCAGAAUCUGGUAUACUAUGUGGAGCGCGCCUAUCGUACUCCCGACUUUGGCAUGUGGGAGCGCGGCUCUAAGUAUAACAAUGGUACACCAGAGAUCCAUGCCUCCUCCAUUGGGAUGGCUAAGUCUGCUUUGGAGGCCAUUAACGGAUGUAACCUGUUCGGCGAAAAAGGAGCGUCCUGGAGCGUUGUCUAUGUCGACAUUGAUGCCCACAACCGCAAUCGCAGUAUUUUCGAAACCAUGCUGCCCAGGGAGUCUAGCUCAAAGGGAGUGGAUGCCUCACUGCUCCUAACCCUAUCCUUCCCAGCAUUUGCCUCGCAUGAAGACCGACUGGUUGAGCAGACUAAACAAAAUGUUGUUAAUCGUUUGCGCUGUAAAAUGGGAUUCAAACGCUUCACUCGCGAUGGUUUCCUCAGCAAAAACGAGGACAAAUCCCGUCGCUAUUAUCACUCUGGGGAGUUAAAAGAAUUUGAAGGCUUGGAAUGUGAAUGGCCGCUUUUUUUCAUAGCCAUGAUUAUCGAUGGCGUUUUCAAGAACAAUAAUGAACAGAUCGAAGAGUUCCAGAACGACCUGCGCCGCUGUUUGCGCACUGAUGUCAAUGGAGAUCCUGUUGUGACAAUGUACUACGCGCCGGAUGGAGAUGGCUCUUAUAUGCGUGCUCCUUCUCAGUCACUCUUUCUAUGGGGUCAGUCCUUCUUCAUCAUUGCUCAGCUGCUGACUGCAGGACUUCUGCACAUCAACGAAUUGGAUCCAAUUCGCCGCUACUUGCCCAGCUACAAUCGUCCCAGAAGGGCCGGUCGGUAUUCAGCUUUUCAGGGCAAAGCUAUUGAUGAUAAACACAAAGGCACUGCCACUGAUCUUGUGGUGCAGAUUGUCCUGAUUGCCGAGUCCAUGCGACUGCAGGCCAUGAUGGCUACCUAUGGAAUUCAAACACAGACGCCACAUGAGGUUGAACCUGUGCAAAUUUGGAGCUCCACAGAGCUGAUCAAAGUGUAUCAACAUCUUGGAGUCAACAACAAGGUUGGUUUGUCUGGUCGUCCAUCCAGACCUGUGGGAUCCUUGGGCACCAGCAAGGUUUAUCGUAUCUGCGGCAUGACCGUUCUCUGCUAUCCACUGAUUUUUGAGGUAUCCGACUUUUAUCUCUAUCGUGAUAUGGCACUCCUAAUCGAUGACAUAAAGACGGAGCUUCAGUUUGUCGGCAAGUACUGGCGUUUAUCAGGCAGACCUACGGUGUGCCUGCUCAUCCGAGAGGAGCACAUGCGUGAUCCUCAGUUCAAGGAAAUGCUUGACCUAUUAGCUAUGCUCAAAAAGGGCUACUGCGAUGGCAUGAAAGUUCGCAUCGGUCGUCUACAAAAUCUAAUUAGUAGUUCCUGCAUAGAGCAUUUGGAUUUUAUGAACCAAAGCGAUCUGACCGAUAAUGAAAAUGCGUUCUCUCAGAUAAACCAUGAGUACAUCGGCUACCAAUCACUAACAGAUGUACCCAAAGCACUGACUUAUGUGGAGGAGAAGAUUUCCGUUGCGCAUUUUGAUACUAAACCGACGCCGGAUAUCAUUAAUGCACUGCGCAGCACUGAUUCCAUAUACUGUUUGUGCCAACUAUGGGGUAUUAUUCUCAACCGAGAGGGACCGCACUUCGAGGUGAAUGGCUUGAACGUAAAUACAGCUUUAACGCAGCUUUAUCACCGAGCUGGUUCCUUGCGCUACUGGCGUGCCGUGCGAUACUGCUCUUCUCUUCUCCACCACAUCGUCGACUCCAUCAGUCCAUUUAUCACCACUGUGCUGGUAAAUGGCAAAGAACUCACAGUGGGCAUAAUUGGCCAGAAAGAGACGGUGUUCGACAAGCCUAUGACGCCGGCGGAGAUUCAAAACGUAAUGUACACGAGUGUCCAACCCUACGACGUCAUCCAAGCUGUGCUGCAACAGGAAGUUGUUCUGUAUUGUGGCCGCUUAAUAGCGACAAAUCCAUCGAUGUUCCGUGGUAUAUUGAAAAUUCGGAUUGGUUGGGUACUGGAGGCCAUGCGAAUCUAUUUGCAAAUCUCAGGUCAACAGAGUAUCGAUGUGGACAAUCUCUCACCGUUCCAAGUGCGGAUACUUCUUCAAAAAGUUCUAACUGUCAGUGAGUGGGCUGUGGAGGAAAAGCUUACCACUUUGCAACGUCGUCAACUCGAGGGUUGCUUGUGCCGCGUGCCAAAACAUUUCUACAACAAAAUCUGGGAAAUCCUCCAGCGAACACCUCAGGGUAUUUUGACCCAGGGACAUCACUUGCCAGCAACGCCCACUCUUACGAAUAUGAGUCGCGGCGAGUUGACAUUUAAUCUGCUGGUCGAGGAAACUCUGAUUUGCAUUGACCGUCCGGAAAGACGACAGAUAACCGUGGAGCUUCUUUGCAUUGUGGCCACCAUUCUCAAUCGCAAUCCCGAGUUGCACUUCAAACAAGCUCUGGACUUGGACGGCAUCUUAGCGGAAGCUUUUGCAAUGUAUUGCAAGGAUAACAAUAUACAGCACCAACCGCAGCCGCAACCCCAACAGACCAAGAAUGAGGAUCUUAAGGCUUUCUACUCGCUGCCAUAUUCGGAAACCACUGGUUAUUUGGCUCGCGCCGCGGUCAACAAGGUUUUACAGGGAGGCAUCUUUUCAACCACCGAGGAGGAUGUUCAGCUCGAUGGGGAUCGUUUGCACGAUGACAACUGCAAGGUGUCCUAAACGUAGGGACCCUGAAACUAGAUUAUGUACAUAGCACAGUUUGGCAUAUCUUCGUUGCACUGACCCACCACUAGCUCGAAUUUUGUAGCUAUUUUAUUCUGUUAUUCUUAUUUAACUUGUCUCUCUUUGUGUCCCUCGCCGUUCUCCUAGUUCUUAAUUAAAUGUUAUGUAUAUUUUGUUGCAAUAA